AGAUUCUCUGAUAUUCUCUCACUAGUGACAGGCUCUACUGUCUCCUUCACCUCGUGGCCUCUGUUGCUUCAUAAACCUCACUAUCACUUUAUAAAAUCUUUUUUCUUUGUUUUUCAGUUUUGUUAUUAAAAUCAAGGAAGGAGUAAACCAACUUCUUCACUCUCUUCUCCCAUGGCCUCCCUCAUCGAAUCUUGCUGGCUGUAUUUGAUCACGCAUUUCAGCGAUUUUCAGUUGGCAUGUCUUGGAAGUUUCUUUCUUCAUGAAAGCAUCUUCUUCUUGUCUGGUAUUCCUUUCAUAUAUCUUGAAAGGGCUGGAUGGCUGAAAAAGUACAAAAUCCAGAUGAAAAACAACACUCCUGCAUCUCAAGAGAAAUGUAUUAUUCGCCUACUUUUAUAUCAUUUUGGUGUUAACCUACCAGUUAUGCUGGCCUCCUAUCCUGUCUUCAGACACAUGGGCAUGCAAAGUAGUCUUCCAUUCCCGUCCUGGAAUGUAAUUCUAACGCAGAUAACAUUCUACUUCAUCCUGGAAGAUUUUAUAUUCUACUGGGGACAUCGGAUUUUACACACAAAAUGGCUGUACAAGCAUGUGCACAGUGUUCAUCAUGAAUAUGCUACACCAUUUGGAUUAACUUCUGAAUAUGCUCACCCUGCUGAAAUACUGUUCCUUGGCUUUGCUACCAUUAUUGGUCCUGCCAUCACUGGGCCCCAUCUGCUUACUUUGUGGUUAUGGAUGGUACUAAGGGUCCUGGAGACGGUUGAAGCACAUUGUGGUUAUCAUUUCCCAUGGAGCCUCUCCAACUUCUUACCUUUGUAUGGAGGUGCUGAUUUUCAUGACUACCAUCACCGGUUGCUGUAUACUAAAUCUGGAAACUACUCAUCUACUUUCACCUACAUGGACUGGCUAGAAGGCCUGCUCUGCUCCUUGUCUGGGUAUUCACUCUGCAAACAAUCACCUGGGUUGGAUUUUGAUUUGCACUCUGACUCUGCGUAGCUGGGUUUCUCGCUUGGUUUUUAGGUUAUUAUACCCGUCCCAGCUAUCCCAGGUUGUACUAACCAUUACAGAGAGUUACCCUACUAAAAGGUCUUCUCCAUGACAGACUUGCCUUAAUUCACAUGGAUCCUUGUUAAUUGAAAUUAUCUCAGUCCUUCCCAUUGUAAACUCAAAAAAUUCAUUUGAAAUCCAUUGAGGUGGUCUUUGCUAAGAUAUCAGCAAAUCAGUCAUCCAUGCGUCCUUCAAAACCUCUUCUUUGAUUCAAAAGGUUUUUCCUCAGCUUUUGCAUCACCAAGUGCGGCAUCUGAGUACUUUUAGCAAUUAUGGCCAAACUCUUGUCCUUUGUCUUGAUGUAGAUGUUAGUGCAGUAUAAUGCUAUAAGACUUGCAGCAGCGGGGACUCCUUGCAGAUCAUGUGUCAAAAGAAGUCCCAGUUUAUAUGGUUUUUGACCAUAUUGACGUUGACUCAUUUACUUUAGAUGACUUGUGUGCUUUAUAAAUUGGGGG